AACCCAACUCCCCCUGGUCCCCCCAUCACGUGACUCCCAGCCGUUCCCUUCUCCUGAGCAAACCAGCCCCGAAUCCCCAUCUUCUUCUCCCCCAAGCCUCAUUCCCAGAUCUACAGACCUCGGCUCACCCUGCAAUGGCGACAUAGGAGGGGUGUCAGUCAAAGGAAAUUGACAAAAACUGAAAGAAAAUACAAAGCAAGGACGCACAGGGAGAUCAGGGUGGAGAUGAUUGACCUAAAUGAGUUGCCAACAGAAUUUGACCCUCAAAUGCAAAUUCCUAACAGCAGUAAUCUUGGAGAACAUGCAUUCUGCACACAGCACAGCAACCCCCGCGGUGGUGCUUAGUCUCCUAAUCCUAUGCUUACACAAAAUGUUGCAACACCUGUGACGGGCACAGUGGACAGGGCUGAGCACUCCACUGACGCUGGGGGGACAGCAAGAGGUGCAACUGUCCUUGGAGAAGAAGCAACGGAUACAGAUGCACACACCCUUGAUGUCACAGCGACUGCAGAUGAAACUGGAGGCACUAUUGGAAAUGGUUUGGCAGGCUUGGAAGGUGAAAACGAUGAUGAAGCUUGGUCACAGCCUAAGGUGCCAUAUGUUGGAAUGAGGUUUGACACUAUGGAGGGCGCCAAAGAACACUACAACGCAUAUGCUUUGCAACUUGGGUUUUCUGUCAAGAAGAACACUCCAAGGAAGUCUGUUAAAACUGCUGAGCUGAUAAAGCAGCAAUUUGUGUGCAAUAAGUUUCGCAAACCUAAAGUUGAUGAUGGAGGAGCAGAAACAAUUCCUGCCCUAGACAGAUUGUAGAACAAGGUGAAAAUAUUGAUGCAGAGGAUGAAAUUGUCUUUCUUGAUGAUGAAAGCAAACUAAAAAAGAAAACCAAGAAGCGGAAGCGGGAUACAAUAGUGCAAACAGGUUGCAGAGCCAAGAUGCUGGUGAAGUUAUUAGAUAGCCGUUGGGAGGUCAUUUACUUUGUUGCUGAGCACAACCACCCGUUAGUUGACAAACCAUCUUUGACUAAGUACUUGAGAUCACACCAAGGGAUACCACCAGAAGAAAGGGCUUUCCUCACACAUCUCCAUAAUUGCAACUUGACAACAGGUCGUAUGAUGCACAUCAUGUCAGAUUACUAUGGGACGGAGCUGAUUGUUCCUUAUGGUACUAAGCAUAUUUCAAACUUGAAGUCAGAAUUGAACAAGCAUGCCACGAAAGAAGGUGAUAUGAUUGAGACAGUUGCCUACUUUAAAGACCAGCAAAAAGAGGAUCCAGAUUUCUUUUACAAGAUAAAGUAUGAUGAGGAGGACAGGGUGGAGAAUAUUUUCUGGGUUGACGGUGCAGCAAGGAAGGCUUAUGCAGAGGCAUACCAUGACUGUAUCUCAUUUGACACCACGUACAUGACUAACAUGUAUAACAUGCCCUUUGCACCAUUCAUUGGAAUUAAUCGGCAUGGACAAUCAUUCAUGUUGGGAUGCGGGUUUGUGAGGCAAGAAUUGGCUACAAGCUUUGAUUGGUUGUUUGGGACCUUUCUUGAAGCAAUGCAUGGUCUAGCACCUACUAACAUCAUAACCGACCAAGACAUCGCGAUGGCACAGUCAAUUAAAAGGAUGUUCCCAACAAGUGUCCACCGUUGUUGCUAUUGGCAUAUAAUGAAAAAAGCUCAAGAAAAGCUUGGUGCCUUGUUGGGGCGAAACCCUGGAUUGUCGGAAGAUUCAAAUAACUGUAUUGACUUCAGCUUGACGCCGGAGGAGUUCGAGGCUGCAUGGGUGAUACGUCCAUUUUGCAUCAUGCUUUUAUAUUGAUAUUUAUUGCAUUAUGGGCUAUUAUUACACAUUAUGUCACAAUACUUAUGCCUAUUCUCUCUUAUUUUACAAGGUUUA